CAUACAUACUGACCCACUCACUCACCCAUUCACCCAACCACUCACCCACUCGUCCACACACUAUCCCACUCGCAUACCUACAGACCUACGAUUAGCAUACAUACAACCACCAUCCACCCAGAAUAAAACGGUGUCGUAGGAAAAAAUAACCAAAAAAAUAUUUCACGGAUAAACAGAGGUCGCAUGAAGCCAGUAGUUAAAUAUUAGUUGAUAAAGGUUGAAAACGAUUACAGACUUUGAAGCUUAAACAAACAGGCAUCGCAAGAAAAAAAUGGAAAAAGACACAGAUGGGGAAAAAAAUAAAGUUAAUCUUUACAUCAGAAUGUCUGUACAAGGUGCGGUUCCACUGUGUGCAAUGCACACAGCCUGACCCGAGCCGGUCAAUCAGCCUGUGGGACAAACCAUUAUCGCUGUGUGCCUGGCUGCUGCUGCUGGGUUUUGGUUGUACAAAUAUUAUAUCACUUGAGACCAGUCAAAGCUAUGUAUGUAUGUUGAACUUCUUCCACACCGUACGUAGCCAACCGUGCUAAUCGGAAGUACAGGGGAAGGACAAACUAAAUACAAAUCAGUUUUAGCUAAUACAGUGCUUGACUGUAACGCCACGUCUACACAGGUGAGCACGGCCGCCGUGUGGAACAUUCCAGGGCGUGUCUCGAGGUAUUUAUAACUUAACUGCAGGUGAAGUCAAGUUCAUUUCCUUGCUCGUCUCCGCUGUGUGAGCUGCUCACACAGCGUCUCCUGAACAGAACACACCUCGUCAAUGGUCAUCAACAUCUCACAAUAUUAUAAACAUGAAGUAUUUUUGUUGAAAUAUAUUCUCUGAGUCACAGUGAGGAACUAUUUUGGGUGCAUCCUCGGGUCAUGGCGAGCACAGCUCCCGCUGAGAACGUGGACCGUGAGUUGACCUGCUCCAUCUGCCUGGACACGUUUGACUGCCCCUCCACGCUCAGCUGCGGCCACUCGUUCUGCCUCCAGUGCCUGGAGGACGCCUGGAAGGAGGCAGACUCCUACUGCUGCCCACAGUGCCGCAAGACCUUCCCUCGACGACCCCAGCUGACCAGGAACGUGACGAUCGCUAAUCUCAUAGAGCAGCUGCGAGUGACUGAGACCAUGGUUGCUGCUGCUUCUGAUGGUGUUGUUUUCUGUGAUCACUGUUCAGAAGGAAAGACGCCUGCAGUGAAGACCUGCCUCAGGUGGGAGAUGUCCUUCUGCACAGAGCACCUCGUGCCUCACCUGGAGGAGACGAAGUUGAAGGACCACGUCCUGGUUUCACCAGAUGUAAACCCUGAAGAACGCAAGUGCAAGAGGCACAAAGAGGAGCUCAAGUUCUACUGCCAGCAAGACCACAGCCUCGUGUGCAGGGACUGCACCAUCGCAGGAGACCACACGGGUCAUAAGUUCAUCACACUGGAGGAUGAGCAUCAGACACGGAAGAAUGGAGUCGUUACGGAGACGCGAGCGGUGGAGGAGAAGAGGAGGGAGGCGGAGGCAUCCGUGGGACGGAUGAAGGCCACUCGCAAGGCCGUGCAGGAUUCCAUGGUCCAGACCAAGGCUCGCAUCUCAGGCGAGUUCACCCGCAUGAGGGUGAGGCUGGAUGAGGACGAGAGGGCAGCUCUGGACCGCGUGGACGUGAAGGGGCGUGCGCUGCUGUCCCAGAUCGAGGAGAACAUCGCUCAUUAUGAGCGCGAGAUCAGCGAGCUCCAGGCAGCAGCCACGUGCCUGCGUACUCUGCAGAAGGAGAGGGACUCGCUCACGUUCCUGCAGAUUCACCUGAAGGAGACCAACCGGAGAGACACUCAGAAAGGAUCUCCACCCUCAUCUCCCAGUGAAGAAGACAUCGCCUCGAUUAGCGCCCUGCAGAAAGCUGUGGUGAACCUGCUGGCAUUCAUGUACGGACGCUCACCGACUCUGGACCCAAACUCGGCCUACAACAAACUCCAGAUUUCUUCGGACCUCAGGACGGUGACGUGGACCGCUGUCUACCAGGGUCGCCCCGAUCACCCACACCGCUUUGAUUACUGGGACCAAGCCCUGUGCUCAGAGAGCUUCUCGUCGGGUCAGCACUACUGGGAGGUGGACGUGGGGGGUGCGGCGGGGGGCUGUGAGGUUGGAGUCACGUACGGGACGAUCGCACGGAAAGGGCGUGGUGACGAGUGCAGCCUGGGAAGGAACGACUCAUCCUGGGUGUUAUAUAAAGAUAACAACAGCUGCUCAGUGUGGCAUGGUGGUGUAAAGACCUCAGUGCCGGUGAGGGAUCCUCCCCGGAGAGUCGGGUGUCACCUGCACUGGGAGGCGGGGCUGCUGUCGUUUUACCGCGCCGACUCCAUGGAGCUGCUGCACUGCAUUCACCACGCGUUUAGUCAACCGCUCUACCCCGCACUGAGUGUGUGGAGUGGUAACUCAGUGAGGAUUCUGGAUCUGAGUCGUGCGUCCUGAGAGCACGGAGUGUGAGCAGCGCAGAGAAACGGGCACAACGCACAGACUCACGCACACAAAGACAGAUCCCCCGUGCAGCCUAAACAGACUGUUGGGGCAAGGGCUGUUAGCAAACGCCUCAGAAGGCUGAC